AUGGAUUACGGACCGAGAACUAAGAGAAAUCAUUUAAUUCAAACGGGUAACACAAGGUGGCAUUUAUUUAAAAUUGCACAAUUCCUGCUAUGCGUUGCCAUUAUUGUCGUUGCCAUCGUGAUAAUGCUUUACUGGGAUAUAUGGGAUGAUUUUUCAGAACCUUUCACGACCUCGGAUUCGACAACGAGAUCACCAUCUUCCGCGACGAAACCCUCUUCAGGACAAACGACAACAAAGUCAAACCUAUUUAUUGUGACUCCUGUAAAAACUGUUCCAGCCUCCGAAGAUGACAUCAAAUGUCCGAAAAUCCCAGAGUAUAAAAAAGACUCGGAUAGUUUUUCACUCUCUAACUUACUCUUCAUAUUCCCAGCCGUUUUCACCGUUUUAGUUAUAGUAAUAAUUGAAGUGUUUGGGCAUUUGACUCGGGAUCCUAUAUUGAAAGUGCCCACCAUCGUUUACCUUUUCAUAAUGUUGAUUUUGAGCUUGGGAAUAUUUACUGUAAGCACCGAGGCCACGUAUAGACGAAGACAAUACAUAUAUGGAGCGAUUGCCCUUUUUUCGGGUAAAGGGUUACCUCCUGGAGAAGCCAGUUUGGUUGAUGUCCAAAAACCUGAAAUAAAUAUUUUACAUUUGUGA